UGAGCGACAAUCCCUAGAAAAUCUAUAUGAUUUGGAGAGCUCCAUACGUCGCAACUCACGCUGAUUUUGCUUUUAGACUGCUGGAGGAGCUUUGAGACUGUCUCCUUUCGAUCCGUCAACUUCGAAACCACGUAUUUAGAUAGGGUGGUGCCGCUACUGGGGAGGGCGCGCAGCAGGGCAGUUCGAUUCCAGGUCAUAAGGCCCCUCGUCGAAGCGUCAGCUCCGAGCUUGAAGCUCAAAUCGUUCAACACCACCCAGUCAACCAACGCCGACAAAAGCUCCUCCUCCUGCCAGGGAGCGUGAUUGACAAUUGACGAGACACCAGCGACGCUGGGCGUACUGGGCGUACUAUUGGCAAGACUAUGGCCUGCGGCAUCCCAUGGAUUUGAGGGCACUGGGGCUUGUGGCAUCAACCCUACGUCAGGAUCAAUUCGGUGAGCGUUUUUCAGGAUACAGGCUUUCAGGUUGAGAUCGCCGCCAUAUUCGAGCUCAACGCCGUAACGCCAAAUUGUCGCCAUCCUACGUCUCCCCGCUAGUUGGGCGUUGCUCUUCACCCGACGCUGAACAAGCUCUCUCUGGAUGGCGACGCCUUUUGUAGUUGCGAGCCUAUCCCAGUCAAUAUCCAGUUCAACACCAAGAGGGCCCUCGACGCUCUCUCUGGGCGACAAAUACGUGGGAUCCUCAUACAAAGGACGCCCAGCCAUGGCGAUAGCUGCCCUCUUUGACCCGGCAUGGUGAUAGGGCUCAUACUCGGUGGCGAAGCUCGCCUGCGACGACGACUGCGUAGAGAGCUGAGAGUUACGGGUAACGUAGUUAUCCAUGGCAAUUACAACAAAAGGAUGCGUACAGCAACACCAGGCGUAGAGAGCUGAC